AUGGAUUCUCAAGGCGACAAAGCAGAAGCAUCAUCAUCUACCACAUCCAACGCCAAUCAAGAUGAAGUCAGCGUUUCUAAAAUUCAAACUCUUCUCAAGGCACAAGACGAUACCCAGCGAUUCGUUGGAUUAGCCCUUCUGAAAUCCGUCCUGGACAACUCGCCAGGCCUCCAGCACAACGAUGAAGUCCUUCAGAGAUUAUGGGACAGCAUCCCGGCCAAAUUCCUGGACAGACUAUUACGCACCGGAUCAAAUCCCUCGAAACGGGACUCCAAGGAGAUGCUCGACUUGGUUGUGUCGGUUUUGCAUACUUUUGUUGCUCUGUUGCCUGCUGAGGCGACGUCUCAGCCCAAGUUUACAGAUAGAAUCCCCAGACUCGUCGGUGCCGUAUUAUAUGGAUCAGAAGAAACGGUCAAGAUGCUUUUACAGGUGCUUCACGCCCUCGCGAGUUCUCAAGAGGGCGCCAUGGCACUCGUAAAAGUGGAAGACUUGAGCUCCAUUACUGAGAUUGCACCGUCACACUCCGUUGCAAUGGAUAUCCUGCGACAUGCUUGGCUAAAUGCCAUGGUGGUCGUAGAUGACGCAUCAUACUUGGCUAGUCGCAUAGAUCGCAACGUACAGUCUCUGGUGUCCUCAUUCCGAGGCACCGAUGCUGUGACAUUUCUUGAGUUUCUAGGGCUUCUGCUACGGCAAGCAAGCUCAGAAAUCAUUCCGCCAAGUCCGAAAUGGCUCAACUCAGCCAUCAACUUCAUUCGAAAUCUAGUAACCAGUCGGCCAAACUCUGCGGCCCGGUCAGCGUACACGAACGCCGCCGCAUCCCUCCUUCGGGUGUAUCCCAAAGAAGCCUCGGAGUUGAUAUUCAAGCCUGAAAAAAGCGACCAAACCCCAUUCUCCUAUCUAUUCGUCAACCUUCUUCUCAUCGAUAUCCGGUCAUCAGCACCAUUAUUGCUAGAACAGCUCAACAAGCCUGACUAUCCAAACACCUCUCGAAGGCUCGCUUCUGCUUUUGACGUUGUAUGCAUCUUCAUUGGACAUUUGGUUCGCUCAUUAGAGGAUGAGUCGCUCGAGACCCUCAUCACGUCACCGGACAAUCUCCUCAAGCUCCGCAAGGGCAUAUCCGAAACCAUGUCUGUCACCAUCGAGUACCUCCGUGAUCGAUGGGACGCCACAUUCGCCGGAGCCAUGGGGCUACAUCCAGAUGCUCGAUCCGGAAAGGCAGAAACUUCAAUGGGAUCACGGUUUACCCUCACGUGGGACUCUUUAGAAAAUAUUGCUGACGAGGACCCCUUCAUUCUCUCCGCCGUGAGGGCUCUCGCCAUCUGGCUUCGCGAGGACGAAAACGACAUGAUAAGGAAAGAGGCCACCGGCUUGACAGACAUGUUUAUGGACCUCUACCGCGGCAGUACAACCGAAAAGCUCGAUUUCCGGUCUCCCAUCCUCGUCGCCCUCGAAGGUCUAGUAACAUUCGACAAGGGCCGAAAUAUCCUUCUUCAGAACGACGGCUGGAAGACGCUCAGCAAAGACCUUGUCGAAAUCCUCCAGCAGGACGCCUCCACCAUUAGUGAGGACGAGACUUCUCGGGGCAUCGAAAUCGUUCGUGUGCUGCUCCAAGUUGCAGAGCAAAGCGGCGACACCGCCGAAGAAUGGAUGAACCUCAUCACGGCUGCGGCUGCGUGGGAUGUCUUUAGGGAGCAGCAGGCACAUCCUCUGGUUUUGGAACUUCAGGUUGCGGCUUUGCAGCUUUGCUGUGCAUUGUUGAUAAAGGCGAAUAUUGGUAUGAGGAAGAGAUUUGCGCAUUCGAUUAGUGCGCUUGUGGGUAUUGCAACGCAGCUGGGAGGAGGGAUACCGAAGGAUAGCUUUUUGGGGGAGGGUAUUGACGAUGUACUGAAUGUUCUGGGGGGAUUAUCACGUAGCAUAUGA